AUGAAUCAGUUAAAUGAAAAUAAAAAAAACGAGGAAAUAAAUGAAUCUAUAGAAUUAAAUAUUAAUAAUAUUGCAAAUAAAUUAGCCAAUAUAUUAUAUAUAACAAAUGCUUCAAUGAAAGAAAAUUUUCAAUUUAGAAAUAACUUGCAUUAUUCAAAAUUUAUAAAUGAUAUGAAAUCAUAUUGUGUUAAUUUAAUCCAGUCAAUUAAUAAUUUAAAUAGUAAUUUUUUUUAUUUAACAUGUUUACCUGUUCAUACAAUACCUAGGAAUCCAUACAAUAAUAUACAAGAUCCGGAUACAAUAACUAGUAACAUUAGUGUUGAUGAUAGCACUGAAAAAAUUAAAGAAAAUAAGAAUUUGUUUAAUAGUUUUAAUUCAAGAUAUAAAAAAGUAAAUUUUAAUGUUUUAAAACAAAUUGAAAAUUUUAAUGACUUCGUAGAUUCAGCUUUAAAUAAUAUUGAAUAUAUUAAAGUACCAUUUAAAUAUGAAGAAAAAAAAAAAUAUGGAAAUGUCUUGUCAGAACGAUUAAAAGAUAAACAAAAAGAUUUUGAGCAUCUAGAACUUUAUAUUGCUAAAAUAAAUUUUGGUAUUUUUUAA